CCGCGCGUUUGUCCGUGCGUGAGUCCGGGCCGCCAGCUUCGCCCUCGCCAUGGCACCCUGGCUGCAGCUGCUGUUGCUGCUCCCGGCCGCCGCUCCGGCCUCCAGCAAGCCCCCGGCGGCCGGCGCGCAGGCCUGGGAGCUGGCGUCCCCGGAGCUGCGGGAGCCCGCCCGCUUCGCCUUGGAGAUGUACAACCGCGGCCGGGCUGCCGGGACGCGGGCCGCGCUGGGGGCCGUGCGCGGUCGCGUCCGCCGGGCGGGCCGGGGGUCCCUGUACUCGCUGAAGGCGACCCUGGUGGAGCCGCCCUGCAACGACCCCACGGUGUGCCAGCUCCCGGUGUCCAAGAAGACCCUGCUCUGCAGCUUCGAAGUCCUAGACGAGCUAGGAAAACACAUGCUACUGAGGCGGGACUGUGGCCCAGUUGAUACCAAGACUACAGAUGACAAAAAUGAGACUUUCAGUUCAUUCCUUCCACUGCUGAACAAGGAUCCCCUCCCCCAGGACUUUUCUGUGAAGAUGGCUUCGAUCUUCAAGGACUUUGUCACCACCUAUAACCGGACAUAUGAUUCGCAGGAAGAAGCCAGUUGGCGCAUGUCCGUCUUUGCCAGUAAUAUGGUGCGAGCGCAGAAGAUCCAGGCCCUGGACCGUGGCACAGCUCAGUAUGGGGUCACCAAGUUCAGUGACCUGACAGAGGAGGAGUUCCGUACCAUCUACCUGAAUCCCCUCCUGAAAGAUGCACCUGGCAGGAACAUGCGCCUGGCCCAGCCUGUCACCGAUGUUCCUCCGCCUCAGUGGGACUGGAGGAAUAAGGGGGCUGUCACCGAUGUCAAGGACCAGGGUAUGUGUGGCUCUUGCUGGGCCUUCUCAGUCACAGGCAACGUGGAAGGCCAGUGGUUCCUCAAACGAGGGACCCUGCUCUCCCUCUCUGAGCAGGAGCUCUUGGACUGUGACAAGACUGACAAGGCCUGCCUGGGCGGCUUGCCCUCCAACGCCUACUCGGCCAUAAGGACUCUGGGAGGGCUGGAGACAGAGGAUGAUUACAGCUACCGAGGCCACUUGCAGACCUGCAGCUUCUCUGCAGAGAAGGCCAAAGUCUACAUCAACGACUCAGUGGAGCUGAGCAAGAAUGAGCAAAAGCUGGCGGCCUGGCUGGCCAAGAAGGGCCCAAUCUCCGUUGCCAUCAACGCCUUUGGCAUGCAGUUCUACCGCCACGGGAUCUCCCACCCCCUGCGCCCCCUCUGCAGCCCUUGGCUCAUCGACCACGCUGUGCUGCUCGUGGGCUAUGGCAACCGCUCUGCCACUCCCUUCUGGGCCAUCAAGAACAGCUGGGGCACCAACUGGGGUGAGGAGGGUUACUACUACUUGCACCGUGGCUCUGGGGCCUGUGGCGUGAACAUCAUGGCCAGCUCAGCGGUGAUAAACUGAGGCACACCAGCGCAGGAUCUGGUGCGGACCAGAACGGCCCCUCCCCAGGAGACACAGCUGGCCGAGGGACGGGCACUGGGGACCCCAGGGUGAGCAAAGGCCACAGGGACACAGGCCCUCCCCCCACUCCCACCCUGAAGUUCCCCAACAGCACCUUUGUUGAAUGGUGGUAGCUAGGAGGACUGGGGUGAAGGACGAUGUCUUGGCAGCCGAAGCUGGGGCAAGAACCCUGGGCUCAGGCAAGGAGCAGGUGGGAAGAACACACUCUGGUCUUAAAGCCAGAUCUGUCCUCAGUAGGCUCUGUCUUCCUGCCCUGGUUUUCCUCUGAAGCUGUAAAUUGUCUGGUUCCCCUGGAUUGGGGGACCAUGUUGCCUUCCACAUCUAGAGAAACUGUUGUCACCAACCUUUCCUAACACAAUAAAGAGGUGUCCUGGA